AUGAUCUCAGAGUCCCCGCUCAAGAUGGAUUUGGAGCUGUCGAUGGGUCAGGCACAGUAUCUGCCGAAGGGUCGAGGACGGGGAGGACGUGUCCCUCAGGUAAUCUGGAGCUGGGUUGAUAAGAAGAAGAAGAAGAAGAAGAAGAAGAAGAAGAUCAAGAAGAGGCAGAGGAAAGAAGGAGACGCAAGUGUCGAGUGA